AUGCCGGAAGAAUUGACGGCAGCAAUUCAUAAUUCGCAAAGCAACAGCAUUCUGACGAUUAGCAAGACGAAGGUCCUCUCCUGGGAUGCAGCUCAAGGCGAGGUUUCCAGGGUGGGUCUGCAGCAGGAGCUUGCGAUAUGGAAAGGCAGCUAUCUCACUCGAAAGUUCGCAGAAGCACUUUUCGCAUCUAAAAUUGCGUUUAUCAUUUAUCCAUUGUGCUAUUCAAGUUGUGCGCAACAGGUUCUUCACGAUGCCGAUGGUCCUGACGUGACGGCUGCAAGCCUGGAUUCCAGAAAAAGGAAACUGUAUCUCGGAUACAGCACUGGCGGAAUUUCUUGCUUCAAUGCAUCCACAGGAGCGGAACUUUCGAAAGCGCAGCCGCAUUCUACCGAAAUAACCCAUAUCUGCCCAUGGCCGGGAACGAAGUGUUUCGUCUCGGCUUCCUCAGACGGCCUAGUGCUUGUUCAAGAAGAAGUUACAACAACGCAAGUUACUGAGCUGACAGGAUGA